UCUAGAUGUGUACGUUCAAGAAAGUUAGACACUGUUUGAACAAAGAACGUGUAUGCACACACAGUAGCCACACAAACAGCCUCGAAACAAACGCAAAUCACACCGACACUAUGCAAGUUACACACACGGUUUGAUUUACCUCAGACCUCCUCCUCAAAGCCUCUGGCUGGCACUGAUUGAUAUUUCACAGUUCGCAGUUGGAGCAAACACUGUGCCACAAGCCCACCUCUGGUUCCUCAGACAUGCCGCACAAAAACAGAUGUCAUGAGAGGUGACACUUCAUUACAAAAAGCCAAUGUUCCUCAGACUUCAAGGUUCCAGUCUCAGCAAGUCACACCCACCCCAACAUCUCAGGUCUCCUCAGGGAAACCUGCACAAUAUGAGAAAGGAGCUACGCAGUCGUCUACAGCAGCUGUGACUGUCAAACCCGGCACCGCACCUGCAGCUCCUUCAGGAGCAUCUUCUGCUGGAGCUGCAGGCGGUGGAGGCUUCACCACCACUCAGAAAGGACCUUCCCAAGUCACGCCACAGGCCACAGUCUCUAAACCCACACCUGCACCUUCUGCUAAAGUCCCAGUUGUGAGCUCUGGGACUGGACCUGCUGGAACGACAGGAGUGAAGGCCACAGACCCUCUGAAAGAUAAGGCCCAGAGUACAACCAUUCCCUCAUCCAAACCGGGACCUGCUAAGGUGGAUCCGGCUGUUGGGAAGCCCUCAGCCCCGGCCGGUACCCAAAAACAGACAAGCGCUCAAAAGGUGCAAGUAGAAGUGGGUUCUUCUGGAACUAAAGUCAACACAGAGGAUGUAGAUCCGUUUGAUGCCCUUUCUGGUACUCUACCAUCAUCAGAACCUGUGGCUCCAAAAGUCCCAGCAUUCACUGGACCAGAGGUCAAAGAGCCAAAUGUAAAGGCAGAGAAGGGUGUUAUCUGUGGUGAGAGAGAUGACACGUUGCCACCCGGAUACAGACGAGCAGACCUGGAAAAGAAAACACCUGCCGGAGUUCCUGAGAAGCCUAAAGAAGUUCCCAAGCCAAUAAGUUCAGACGAGGCGCUGGACUCCCUCUCAGCUGGGUUUGUGUCUUCAGCUCCACCUGCUCCUAAGAAGACUGAUGUGAAAACUGAAACAGUAGGAGCAGUCGAUGUUCGUUCUGCAGGCAUCUCCAACUUUGCUCCCCCUCCACCCUCUCAGAAACAGCCGGCACCAUCUCAGCCUGCUGCUGUAACCAAAUCCCCUGCUCCACCAGCUGACAAGAAAUCCAGGAUCGAGACACCUGCACAACCCGCUAAACCAAAGACAGAUGACACGGACGUGUCACUGGACGCUCUCAGUGCUUUGGGCGACACACUGGGCGCUCCAGAACCACCCAAAAAAUUACCUGAACUCAAACCUGGGCAGAUAGUUGAUGAGAAGAAACAGACAUCAGAGAAGGGCGUUCGUGUUGGAGAGCGAGAUGACACGCUCCCACCAGGUUACAGAUUCUCAGAGGAAGAGCUCAUGAAAUAUCCUCCUCCUAAGAAAGAGCCCUCAAUAAACACAGAUGAUGCACUGGACUUUCUUUCUGGAGGUUUCUCAGAGUCUGUAGCAGCACCGGUGGUAAAGGCCCCUGUUCCUCCUUCACAGGAAAAGAAGAAACCUGAAGCAGUUCCUGAAAAGACUAAAGAUGUUCCUAAGCCUGAAGUGGAUGAAUUGUCAGCUCUGGAUGCUCUGGCUUGUGAUUUUGUGGCUCCUGCACAGUCUGUGCCUAAGGUUUCUUCUGGUGCUCCUAAAACUGUCCCGCCAGGCCCUAUGCAACCACCACAGACAGAUGAGGAUGCUUUCAGCGCUCUGGGUGACACAUUGGGUAAACCAGAGCCACCCAAAAAAGAACCCGAACUCAAACCCAAGGACAUCGUUCAUGAGAAGGAUGUGACAUUUAAAAAGGGAGUUCGUGUUGGAGAGCGAGACGACACGCUCCCACCAGGUUACAGAUUCUCAGAGGAAGAGCUCAAGAAAUAUCCUCCUCCUGAGAAAGAGCCAUCCUUAGACACUACUGAAGCUCUGGAUAUUCUGUCUGGUGGUUUUGCAACCCCCUCUGAAGCAUCGGCUGCCAAGACCCCCGUCUGUCCUGCCUCUAAGCUUCCUGCUAAGCCUUUAGAUCCUGCUUCCGAUUUCGCUUUAGAUGCUCUUGCAGAUGAUUUUGUCGCUCCUUCUUCUGCAUCUAAAGUUCAGUCUGCUGUCUCUGGCCCCCCACAUGCUGACAGACAGUUGUCAGAAGGUUCCUCAUCAGCUUUGGAUGCCCUCUCAGACACUUUAGCAGACAUUAAAGGAGCCCCUGAGCCUGCCCCUGUCCCACCUAAAGACGUCGUUAAGGAAAAGAAUAUAGUGGAGGAAAGAGUGAGUAAACCAGGUGAGAGAGACGACACCCUUCCACCUGAGUAUCGGUUCACAGAGGAAGACCGCAAGGCAUUUCUAGCAGACAAGCAGAAAGAUGUCAAACCGAAAAAGCCAUCAAUCGAUGACACAACGGCCCUUGACAUGCUGUCUAGUGAUUUUUCUUCAGUACAACCCGUGAAGCCCUCAGCACCUGACGCCCAACACUUCACCCCUGAACCACAACCGUCAACAUUUAAGGCAUCAGGUCCAGUUUUUGACGAGCUGGCAGAAAAAGUUAUUCCCAACCUGACUGACCCUAAAGCUAAAGACAGCAAACCAAAGGGAAAGGGUGCAAAACCAAAGUCUAAACCAAAGAAACAGUCAGUAGAAGAUUCAUCAUCCACGGAGAAGCUGCCCGGUAAACCGAGCUCAGAUGUGGUGCCUUCAUCUUCCACAAAGAGCGGAAACAGAUAGAUCACACAUUUAUAGUGCAUCUCAUCCCUAACACAAGAAACCAUUAAAGGGAAAUGCUCAGACAACAAAAUAUAUACAUGGACGUGGAGUGAAACUAAAAAUAUUAUUACUGCACAGAGACUUAAAUAUGUAUUUUCAGAGCCCCCCCCCCCCCCCCAAUCGCAAUCUCAUCUUUUCUCCUAAAGCAAAGCAAAAAUAGAAAUAAUGUUUUAUCUCCUUGUGAUUGAUAGAACACGUGUAUACGGAUAGGAUGUUUAAAUCAAGCGCAUGUAUUGUUCUAUUUCCAGUCAUCUGUUUUUUGGUGUGGCAUUUUGAUAUGAUAUUUCCCACAGUAAAAAAAAGAUAUAUUUGUCAUAUAGUAUUUUUUUUUUUUUUUAUAUAUAUAUUUACUGGGGGUCUCUCUACAGUCUUCCUGUUCACAGAGAUGACCGUUUGUUGCUGUUUGAGGAUCUAUUGAGACACUAGUGUACAGAGAUAUGCUGUAGGUAAUGAGUUCAUCGUUUACAGUACAGGAAUUGCAGUAAAUGACCAUGAUUUUGAAUGCUGUUGAAUGUCUGUAUAAUGAUACAAGUCAAAAAAGGUUUGUAUGGGAGGUGUUUUUCAUUCUAGUUUGUUUCCUAAAGUGUGCUUACAAGGAUGCUCUCGAAAAUAACUGUAAAAUAAUAUUGCAAACACUAAAUGCCCCAUGUGCCUAUUACAAAAGCCUUGGAAAAUAAUUUGGAUAACACUUAUUUUUUUUUUUAUUUUUUUUAGUUAAGUUCAGUUGAAAAUGUAUUUUCAGAACCACUAGUAAGUUGACAGGUUUUGCAUUAGAUGUGGUGGGCAAAGUCAGACUCUUUCACUUUCACUUUAACUCACUUGUGUUGCUGUUUUGCUUAACAUCAGGACUCACUCUUUGAUGCCUUAAAAUGUUCAAAUUUUGAUAGCUGAUGAUAGAAACUGAAAUAUGACCUUUAAACCCAACCGUGUCUUUCGUAUUUUUUGCUCAUGAAAUGUUGAACAGAUCCAGAUGGGUUUUCCAAGAGCGUUCUAAGACGUUGUGUACUAAGGUGUGACUGGAUGGUAUUUUCAAGAAGGGAUUUUUACUCAAAAAAUAAAACAACUUGUUUUGUUA